GUCGUAUCGCGGUUAGUUAGCAAUAAAGGCUAACGCGGCGUCCUAAAAAAAAAAAAAAAAACCGUCUAGCGUGCAUUUGACGCACGUGAGUCGUUGCCAAGGAGCCAUUACUGUGUUGGCAACGUGAUUGACGCCUCCGAAAAUGUCCGCGUGCGAAAUUUUAGUACUCCGCGACAGAAUAAAGCUUAAGAAGGAAACAUGCAUGUGAUCAGACCAAAAUCCGCCAAAGGACGCACCAGACCCAAAGCGACCGAGGCCCGUACCGCAGAUGACGAGCUACUACAUGAGAAUUGUCCGUUGCCCCCAUACCCUCCUUCUCAUCCUCCACCCACGCCAAGCCACAGAUUGAACUCCUCUCCAUCCCCACGUGCUUUCUUUAGGCACAAUAAUCCGAGUUCAGCGGUCGAGAACACCCUCGACAUCUCACUGCUGUCGCUAAACAAAUACAAAGUCCUCCCGUCUAUUGAGAAAAGAUCAGAAGAGGCAGCGUCCAGCGCUGACAGGGAGGCAAAGUCCUCGAGGUCUAGGCUCCAUACCCGUCACUUCUUCAGGAGUGAUCAGGAGACGGAGAGGGCGUCUGGCGGGACUGUCAGGACGACAUCUCAGUGCCAGGAGAGCGAGACAGGGGUUCUGCUCGCUCUCCGGACUCCGUGCGGUCAGAGGCUGAUGUGCCAGUUCCGACCCACAGACACACUCCGGGAUGUGGUUUCUACAGCGGAGGACAAAUCUGGGAAACGGUACGAACACGUUCUGAUCGAGACCAUGGAGGUUCCUCGGAGGAGCUUCUCCAAUCUGAACAUGACUCUGUCUCAGUGUGGCGUCGUUAAUAAAUCCGUCUUAUGCAUCAGCUUCAAAGACGCUCCUUAACGUUUCAAAAUGGUUCCUAUAAACAAUUUGUCUUUAAUAAUAAAUAGUGGAGAAUAUUGGUUUAAUGCACAUUUGCUUGCACUACAUCACACCCUCUGCUUACAACGUGUCAAAGUUUUUCAACAUUUUUUAAUAACAAGGUAACUCCUGGAUUUCAGUUAUUUAUUAAAACAGUUAAAAAUGUUUUUUUGUUUUUUUUACAUUGCGCAAGAGGAACAUGCUUCAGAACGAUCCGUCACCGAGAUAAUCAUUUCAGUGACACUACGGCGCUGUUGAAUUCUCAAAUCUCCUACAACAGCAGCUGUGACCGUCGUGCCGGCUGUCAAUCAAAUCACCGUCGUGUAUGAACAUGCUCAUUCUGAUAUCCUGUCACAGGAACUUGUGUAGUGGACACUCGCUUGGGGGCAUAAAUGGAUUAACGUCACGUGCAAACGUUGAUAUUUGUUUAACAUUUACAGAAGGAGUCUCCAGUGUCAGUGCUUUAUAAAAGUAAGAGGUAAAGAUGUUUUCUUUAUGUUUUUCAAACACGGGAAAACCUUGUGGAUAGGUGGCUUUUCAUUUCUCGAUUCACAGAUGUUCCACCACAUUAAAUGUAACUAUAAGUUGAUGUUUUUUUGUUUUUAAAUAAAUAAAAAACCCCAUUGUAACUGGUGGCAAAUUUCUGUAGUAUAAGUAUUCUGUGCUGUUAUAAUAAUAAAUAAAAUAAUGAACUUUA